AUGUUGGAAAAACGUUAUAAUCAAAGAAGGUCGGUUGAAGAGAACAAGAAUAGGAAGAGUGUGAAUAAAUAUAAUAGAGAAGAUGAUAUUUUGGCUUUUUAUAGCAACAUACUUUUGAGGUACAUAAAAGAUAAUAAAGAUACGAGAGUGGAGAGGAGAAAGAAGAUUGCUAUUAUGGAGUCUUUUGGCAAUGGGAAGGUUGAAACUAUGUGCAUUUUUGUGUGGAGAAUUUGGGAUAUUGGUGUUCAUAGGACUAGUGUUGCUAUUGACACUUGGAUAAGGAGCAUUUAUAGAAAUGGCAUUUUUGAAGAUUGGAAGAAGAAAUGGAGUUUUCACUUCGAGAUUUUCUCUCUCGGUCUUCCAGUUUUGGUGAGUGGCUUGGUUGGGAUUCUGGUGAUCGGAUCUCUUGCCGGUGCCGGAAUUUCAUCAUCAUUGAUUGAAUUUACUCUAAAAUCAAUUCCAAUUGUCUAUACGAUUGGUGAUCGGAUGUUCUGGAAAAUUGGAAGUAUGUUUGGCAUGAAUUAUAAAGAUCCACCUGAUCCAGCUAACAAAAAUCUAUAUGAAGAUGAUCUGGAAGCUGAUGUUGGAGCUAAACGAAGAGGAAGAAGAGCUAUGCACAAGGAAUUUUCUCCGUAUUCAAUGAUUAAACCAUUACGAUCAAAAGAAAAAAUGGAAGCUAAAAUUAAUCGGUUAAGGGAAGAAAAGAAGUAUCUGAAUGCGAAAUCUAUUGCUGAUGGAUCGAAAGAAGUUCUUCGAGCUGGAGUACGUGAAAUAAUAAAAUCAAAUUAUGGGAAAGAAAAUAUAGAUCCGCAAUUUAUAAAAUCGGAGUUGGAGGCAUUUGAUAAGAAUUUGGUGGGUGGAUCAUCUCCUUCGUCUCCUGUUAUUCAAGCGAACAUGGGAAUGGAUGCUGGAACUGUAGCAGGGUCGAACAAUAGAAUUUCAGCUGGAACAAAAAAUGACAAAGGCAUUUUGGUUGAUGAGCCGAAGAUUACUAAGGACUUCAUUUUCUCGGAAUUAAUGAAGAUGGGUUCGUAUGCUUCAGGCCCUGGUUCGUCUUCUUCAGGUCCUGGUCCAGUAAUUGAAACAAAUGAAGGGAAGGGCAUUUUGGGAAAGUUUCCUGUUUCGCAAGUUGCUUCAGUUAAUUCAGGUAUUCCGGUGGUCUUUAAUGCUAAUCCUAUUGACUCAAUUAGUUGUAAUACUAAUUGUAAUGAUGAAGAUAUGAAAGAUUAUAUUAAUGAGAAUGGGAAUUUGGAAGUUGGUUAUGGUAAUAAUAUGAAGAAAGAACAGGGAGCUAAUUUCUUGAAUAUGGAUUUUUCGAAACCUGUCCUCUCCCCUGCAACUAAGUUGGUUAAUGAGUUCAAUAAAAAAUCUUAUGCUUGUAUGGUUGAAUCAACAAAUAAUGUGGUGGAUCUUAAUAUCAAAGUUAUUCCAAAAGUUGAUGGGAAACCUAGUGGGAAAGUUGAGUUACCUUAUGCAGAUUUAAUGUUGGGGGUGCUCCUUAUCAUGCUACUUUGUAUGGAUUUUUUGUGGGGAAAAAGCUUGCUUUCCCAACAGUUAAUCAUUUUUCUUUUAAGAUGUGGAAGAUGUAUGGGCUGA